AUGGAAAGACUUUUUGAUUUCCUUUCCUUUCCUUUCAACCCUCGAUGUCAAAAAUAAGGUUUAAGACGGAACUGGACUUCGGGGUUGGGUUCGAACAACAUUAGCUUCGGUGCCCUCUCUCUCUCUCUCUCUCUCUCCCCUCUCUCCCUCUCCUCUCUCCUCUCGAUCGCCUCUCAUCACCGUCUUCAUACAGGGAAAGAAACGCAAAGGAAACACACUCUCUCACACGUAUAUAAACCACCGUCACCGGCAUCAUCAUAUCGUCUCUCUAUUGCUUCUAUUCUUAUUUGCAGAGGAACACAGAUCGGUGUCUCCUAUAUCAUCUACACUGAUUCGGCUCCUCGUUUUUCUCUGUCUCUCCUCCAGCAGUUGGCGUAUGAAGAAGAUUCUAUAAUCGGCUGGGAUCUUGCCUCUCUCAUCCUCUGUCAUUCCAUCUCUUCUUUCAACAUUCACUUUUGUCAUCUAACUCAAGCUUAAAGUGUACCGAAGAAAGUAGCUUAUCCAAGAAAGUCGUAUCGUAUUUGAUUUAUGCGGAGAACUCUAGGCCUAUUUGACUUAAGGUUGAGCAAAAUAUAGUGCUAAUUUCAAAUAAAAGGAGGGAAAAAUUACAAUUUGGAUAACCUUUGGACUGAAUUUGAACAAUGACUUCAAGUAUGUCAGCUGGAGAGCGAAGGUGGGCUUCAGCAAAAAGAGGUGGCAUGACUGUUUUGGGGAGAGUUGCCGCUCCAAAACCUCUAAACUUACCCAGCCAAAGGUUAGAAAAUCAUGGUCUGGACCCAAGCGUGGAAAUUGUUCCCAAGGGAACCCUUAGCUGGGGCAGUCGAUCAUCUUCAUCUGCAUCAAAUGCAUGGGGUUCCUCGACACUAUCUCCAAAAGCUGAUGGUAGUGCUUGUUCACUAAGUAAUCUCAGUGGUCGCCCUUCAUCCAGUGGAAGCAGCACUCGACCAUCAUCAGCUGGUAGCAAUAGAACGCAUGAGCCUACUCUCAGUGCAUGGGGCCCAAAUUCUAGGCCUGCAUCAGCUUCUGGGGCAUUGUCAUCAAAUCAAACAUUAGUGACGUCAUCACGUCCUCGCACUGCAGAAACAAGACCUGGUAGCUCGCAGUUAUCACGGUUUGCUGGACCGUCAUCUGAUAAUACAGUAGCAUGGGGUCCACCUGGUACCACUGAGAAAUUGGGGAUGGCAUCCACCAAGAAAGAUGGAUUCUCUCUGAGUUCUGGAGAUUUUCCUACACUUGGAUCAGAAAGAGAAAAUUCUGAAAGGAAUUCUGAGUCACUAGUGGCAGACCAUGGCUCUUAUGGUCGUCCUGACUCAUCAUCCAGCAGGACAGCAGCGCCAGAAGAGAGGAAUGCAACUUCAUCAGUUGGUGAUGGUUCUGCAAGUGAAAAUGCCAAGAGUGGAACUGUGAUUACUCGGGAAAAAGAUGGUUCCCGACAUGAGGAUGGGUUCCGGCCUAGUGUGGAGAAAUGGCAGGGGGAACCCCAACCAUACCCAAACACUAGUGUUCUCCCUAAUCACUUUGACGCUUGGCAUGGCCCUCCAAUGAAUGCUCCUGCUGGUGUUUGGUAUGGAGGACCUCCAGUAGGUCCACCAUAUGGAGCUCCAGUUACUCCUGGUGGCUUUCCAAUUGAACCAUUUCCCUAUUGUCGUCCUUUGUCAAACUCUCACCCAAUUCCUCCACCAGGGGUCGGACCAAGAGGGCCCCAUCCAACAAACGGAGACUUAUACAGACCCCACAUUCCUGAUGCCUACAUUCGUCCAGGUAUGCCAAUUAGGCCUGGUCUUUACCCUGGUCCGGUGGCCUAUGAGGGCUAUUAUGGGCCUCCAAUGGGCUAUUGCAAUUCCAAUGAACGAGAUAUUCCUUUUAUGGGAAUGCAAGCACGUCCCUCAGGUUAUAACAGGUAUCCCAGCCAAAAUGCUCGAGAUCCUAGCAAUAACCAUGGCACGAUGGUUGGCCAUGGAACUACUGGCAAAACAAUUGUCUCAAAACAAGUGGAAUCUGGUCGUCCCGAUAAUACUCGAGGACCAUCUGAUGUUCUUCUGAAGCAGCACAGUGAAUGGGGAGGAGAAGAGGAAGAAGGGAGUUGGGAGCAAACUAUACCAGCUAAUGGCCCACAUCUUGAGAAGGGGAACCAACCAAUGGUGUACUCAUUGAAGGAUGAGUGGGGAGCAGACUACAAAAUGGAUGAAGAGAUGCACUCAAAAAGACUGAAUGAAGAUGCUUUUUCCCGGACUUUUGACAAACGAGGAGGUUAUUCUUCAGAAUCUUUUGAAGUUAAGUUUCCUGAAAGUUUGUGCAAUGGAAAAGCAGUUGAUGACAUUAUGGUAAAGGAAUCAGGAAAUGCCUCGGCUGCGUUGCCAGAAGGGCCUCAAGCAUUCCCAGCUUCUCCAAAAGAUGCAACUUUGAUACGAAAGAUGGAAGGUUUGAAUGUAAAAGCAAGGGUUUCUGAUGGACAAUAUAAUGCUGCAUCUAUUUCUAGUAGGGAAGUGCAAUAUAAAAAGUUACAAGUUGGCAAUGCUAAGACCAACUGUUCUGCAAAUGCAGUUGGUACUGAUGCUGUAUGCACUGAAAGAACUCAUGCCAGUGGAGAUCUUAUCCCAAUCUCCCAAGAAGUGGAUAUUUCUGGAGGAGAUAAGACCCUUCAGCCAGCAGUUGCCAGCGGGACAUCCCUUCCAAGGAGAAGUCAUGGUAUGCAUGGCAGAACUGACCAUCGUGGUAAAAGGUUCAACAAUCAGGAUGCCGUUGGGUGGAGAAAGGAACCUAUAGUUUCUGGGUCUAUGGAUGCUAGUUCAUCUGCAAAUCAUGAACCUACUUUUAAUGUUCAUGUUCAAGACCACCAUAUAUCUGGGGAAGUUGUUGAGAAAUAUGGGAUUAUAAUUGGAAGGAAGUAUGAGGGUGAAUCUUUGACGCCGAUGUUUGACCCAAGUGAGUCCGAGGCACAGCGUGCUAAGAUGAGGGAGAUAGCCAAGCAACGUGCAAAGCAACUUCAGGAGGAGGAGGAAGAACGAACAAGAGAGCAGAAGGCAAAGGCUCUUGCAAAAUUGGAAGAGUUGAACAGGCGUAUUCAGGUGGCAGAUGGUUCAACUCAGAACUUGGAGAAGGCUCUGCCUGGUGCUCCCAUGCAUCAAGAGAAAGAAGUAUCCCAAGAGAACGAACGAACAAGAGAGCAGAAGGCAAAGGCUCUUGCAAAAUUGGAAGAGUUGAACAGGCGUAUUCAGGUGGCAGAUGGUUCAACUCAGAACUUGGAGAAGGCUCUGCCUGGUGCUCCCAUGCAUCACGAGAAAGAAGUAUCCCAAACACUUGCUGAAACGGUGAUUGUUUUUGGCUCUGGUGUGGUUGCUCAGAUUAGUGAGGGCAAUACUAGUGGGGUGGAGACACCAGAUGCUGCCCAACAGGAAUCUGUUGUUCCAUAUGGCCAGUCUUUGCCCUUGCAACAGGAUCCUGAGAAUGCUGGAACUGCUUACUGUAAAGCUCCUCCCCAAGAAAAUGAUGGUGGUGUCUCCAGACACAAGCGUAUGGGGUUAAAGCAAAAGCAGAAUAUUCCAAUGGAAAGGAAUUUGACUGCAGAGCCCAUUCUUACUAUUACAACCAAGGCACCAAAAAAUCGUUCUGAUGGAGCUGUUAAUGAUAUUGCAUCUACUGAGGUUGUUGCUGAAGUUGGCCCAAGUUGGGAGCCUAGCUUGCUCAUAAACCCCAAUAUUAUGGCCGAGUCCACAACACAUCAGAGGAGGAAAAACCACAGGAGCAGCAAGAACAAGCACAAACUGGAGCCUUCUAUCAUUGAUUUAGGAUUGCCAGUGCCAAAAGAAACUAGUCCUGCAAAAGCUUCAAUUGGAAGUGGAAAGUCAAAGGUUUCUGAGGUUGAGUUGGAUCCUUGCUCUGUUCAGUCACUUACUGAUGCUGAACUUGCAAUUCAACCUUCAGAGCCGAACUCUCUUUUACCUAGUGAAGAAUCCACUAGUAGAGUAAAUAACCAGUGGAAAUCUCAGCAGUCUCGCCGAAUGCAAAGAAACCCUCAAGCUAUCAGAUCACCUAAAUUUCGUAACAGUGAUGCUGUUGUCUGGGCUCCUGUGCGGUCACAGAACAAAUAUGAGGUUACAGAUGAAGCCAGUCACAAGAAUUCAUAUGAUGCUGUUACUCCAACAGGAAAGAGUGAGAAUCUAGUGCAGAGUAGUCUGAAAAGUAAGAGGGCAGAAAUGGAGAGAUAUGUUCCAAAGCAUGUUGCUAAAGAAUUGGCUCAGCAGGGAAGCAUCCAGCAACCUUGCUCAACCUCAAUCAAUCAGACAACAUUGGGUGAGACUGCUGGGGGGGCAGAACCUGGUUUUCAGAGCAUUGGAAGUCUUCAACCUGCUGACUCAGCAAUUGGGAAUGUUGCGUCUACUGAGGAGUAUAGGAAUGGGAAUAAUAAGCAGAAUAAGUCGUCAAAAGCGGAUGGAUCAUCUAUUACUUUGAACCAUGGCAAGAAUGUUCAGAAAUCUAUGGAUAAACACCGAUCUUUCAUUCCUGACGUAGAUUCAGUGGAAGGGCAACUGAACUUCUCUGAUGAGUGGAACACUUCUGAAGGCUGGAAAACUACUGAUAAAUUUGACACAGCUGCACCUGUCACAUCUCCUGUCAUGAAAGAUCAAGGAGUAACACGGAGAGGAAAGCAACAUCCAUUUAAGGGUCAUCGAGGCACUGGGAAUAAUUAUGAUCAUGAUCGCAGGAAUGUUAAUAGUGAGGGCACGUUUAAAAGUUAUCGGCAAUCUGCAGCCCCCGAAAGUAGCCAAGCAGACAGAACUAUGGCUAUGCGAGAAAACCGUGGUGUCGGAGAACGAACAACAUCUCAUUGGCAACCCAAAUCCCAGGCACAUUCAGCUCAUUAUCAUCGAGGAAGGUCUGAUGGAGCUGAAAUUGUUAAUUCUGAAGUUGGUAAGGCUAUCAAAAAGGACUCUCUUCCCAAGGAUAGGGUGGAUCUUCCACCACAGGACAAGGAGAGCAGUGGCACAAUGGCUCACUCUCACCUUUAUCAAUCUCCCUCUGAACACGAGAGUUUGGCAGAAGCGCAAAAUGUAGGGCAUCAAGAGGCUAAGAGAGAGAAGAAGGUAGCUUCAUUCAAGGGACGCCCCCGCUCCCCGAAUCAAGGUCCUGUUAACAUGGUCAAAUCGGCUCCCACUGCAGAUAUGGAUAUCAGACAUGAGCAGCGCUUUCCCUCAGGGUUUCGCAAGAAUGGAAACCCAAACCACCGUUCUGGCAGAGGGCGUGAAUCUCGUGGAGAAUGGACUUCAGCUGGACAAGAUAGCAAACAUCAUAAUAUUCCUACAAACCAAGAGAUGCAGGGGCACGAUUCACAUUAUGAGUACCAGCCGGCUGGAACAUACAGUAGUAAUGGCAAAUCGAACAAUUUCCAAAGGCAAGAUGGGUCACAUAACACGAGCUCGAGGUACAGGGAGAGGGGUCAGGGUCCCUCAAGGCGUGGUGGGGGCAGCUUUUAUGGUCGUCAAAGUAGCGCCGUCGGAGUAGACACUGGUUAUGAUUGACGGGGAACUAAAAUCUGGAACUGGAUUAUAUUUUGGGGUUGAAAAACUUCCUCUGAACGCUAGUUUUUGGCAUUAACUAGCCACGAUUUCAGGUAUUACUAGUUUAGGUGGUACUGUUUAAAUUGGCUUGAAUCAUGUGUAUUGAGCAGGACAAGGGAGCAAGCAUCAUAUGAUGCCGAGGCAAAACGUUGUUUUGUGAGGUGCUAAGAUGUUGAUUCAUUUCUUAUUUGAAUAUGUAACUAAUUUUAGCAUCUUAAUUUGGUCAUGGGUUGUUAGCCAUCGAACCUUUGCCAUUCUCCUUAAAGAAGCCUUGUAUUUUCUGACCAUCAUAUAUGUGCACGAUCUAUGGAAUACUAGGGUCGGGAAUGUAUUAGGGAAGUAGUUUUUUGGUUCUUCCAGUUGUUAAUAAAUUUUUAUUCUUUGUUCU